GCUAGCUUGGAUUUUUUGUUGCCCUCGAGUUUUGGAUCUAACUUCUUCGUCUUGGUACGAAUACCAAUUAUUUACAUCGUAACUACAAGGGGAAGUUGUAACCUGCCCUAACCCCAGUAGUACUUGCUCCAGUAGAUUAUCAUCUACAUCUUCAUCAAGAAGAAGAACUUCUGUACUAACUCCAGUAGUACCUGCUCCACAAUUACAAGCGGAGCAGAAUGUGACAUGAUUCUCCAUCUAAUUGAUUCUUUCUCCUUUCUCAUUCAAAGAACAGGUAGCUGCGGCAGUGGUAACUUGGCAGUUCUAGUUAACUUCUGUACUAACUCCUGUAGUACCUGCUCCACAGAGAAGAUAAGUAGAUCAUCAUGUCUGCAGCAGCUGCCCCCGCGGAAGGGGCUGCUCCGGCUGCCGCUCCUGCGGAGCAAAAGCCUAGCCCAGAGGAGAUUCAGGCGCAGGCGCGCAAGAAAGCAAACGUCAACCAGAAAGAAGUACGCUCAAGGCGUUUUAAGGACUCGACAACGGAAAAUAUACCUCCAAGCUAUAAAGGGAACACACCGAAGGAAGAACUUCUGCUCCAGCACGUCUCAGAAUUCGAACAGCAGUUCAUAUCGGUAAUUUCCUACCUUGUGCUUGAUGAUGAAACCGAUCUAGCAGUUCAUGUUGGUCGGAACAGGAUAGCGAUACUUGGGAUUAGCUUGUUGAUGAAACCGAUCUAGCAGUUCUUGUUGGUCGGAACAGGAUAGCGAUACUUGGGAUUAGCUUGUUGUCUUAUGCGUCUCUUAUCCGUCAAUUUCGUCCUGUAAGUAGGUAAAGAUAAAUUUCAUUUCUUCAAAUAGAGUUCACAUGAAUCUACAUCGUUCACUGUAGUCGCAAUACUACAUAAUUUCUAGUAUUUCACCGUACAGCCUCCACUCACACAAAGUCCACAACCACUACAACGACCACAAGGUCUACGGCAACCGGUUUCUCUUUUUGUGCCCUCCGAAUGAGUGCGAAGUACCGAAAUUUUUAGUUACAACGUUAAGACCUACGCACCUUCCAUACCGAGAAUUGUACGAUUACAAGACAUGCGCAGAUUACGUGGCCGACAGGCUGAAUUACGAGGAAUUGCUGCCGACAGACAAGUAUCCGAAGUUAUGUUGAAUCAUCAUGCAAGAAUCAUAACAUUAGUCCCUUCAUUGAAGAACUAACAACGUUGUCGAGAUGAAGUACAGGCAUUUCUUAACCAAUAAUUACCCACAGUUGUACUUGUAUAAUACUAGCAUUCUAUGAUCGAUCUCUGUAACUAUUAUGAAAAAAAAGAAAAAGCUUCUCUAAUCCCUGUGAUACCAAGUCCUGCAACGGUCCUCGACUGGCGAGCCGGAGAUAGCUUUGAUUUCAGCAUACUCCUCUGUUCUAUGCUCCUUGGCGUCGGAUACGAUGCCUACUGUGUCAGUGGAUUCGCGCCAAGGUUUUUCUUCUCUUUUCUUAGUAUACUAGAUACGAUGCCUCGACCUCUGUGGACGACCUCCUAUGAGACGAAUAACGUACAAAAAACGGAAAAAAAGCGCUUUUUUGUACAUUAUUCGUCUCAGAGUGAAAAUUUUCCAUUUUGUUGAGACCCAUGAUCCUUACUUUUCUUACAGGUACAUCGCAACAAAGACGGAGACGAUGGAGCACUGUGCUGUGGAUUUGGCGGUGUUGAAUGAGAGGAAUGAGGUAGUGACGAAUGCCGCAUCUGGUGCAGCAUCGUCCUCAUCAAGCAUAUUAGAGGGUAUCCCGAAAAGAGCAGCAUACAACAAGAGCGGCUUUAUAACCGAGCAAGCAGAGAAAAAGAGGCUAGAAGAAAAGAAAAAAGAGGAGGAAGCAAUGUGCAGUGAUAGUGACGAUGAAGAGGUACUACGACUGUUGUAAGUUUUCGUGGCGGAGGUGCUGGUGCAGAUGUACUUUGUCUUAUUUUCUUCUUCCUUCGAUCAUUUUUACCCUCUAAUCUGUCCAUGUUGUCAUUGCAUAUUUUUAAACCAUUUUCAACAGAAGUUGCAUUUUUUACAGUUUUACCUCCACGAGCAACCACCAAGUUCUUUCUCUAUUUUCCUCAACAACGACGACCCUAUCCCAAAGGAACUCUACCAGAUUCCACAAGAGGUACCGUUGAUGACGAGCCUGAAUUGUGACGUCAGUGUCAGUCUACUAUCUACAGGAAUCCCAUAGAAAUCUAACCUAUAUAAUUGAUCAAAUCUAACCUAACGGACCAGGACGCGCCAGAGGACGCGGGAAACCGAGUGCAUUGUUGGGUCCUUAUACGGAAAGGAUCGCGUCUAAUGACCGAAGACGUCUACAUCGAGUGCAGCACGGGUCGAUGUUAUCCCGUGGCGUCGAGUCCAUAUUUGAAAGUACUCCACUAGUAUGAUGUGUAAAUAGACAUCAUAUUUAUAUUUUUUGAGCAGUCCUCGUUUUGAGAAAGUGAAAGAGUCACAUUACCAUCAAAUCUACUCCUUCUAUCACUUGCUCAGGACUAUCGUUUGGAGUCGUUUUAGAACUCAACGUAAGUGCAGCUGUUCUGCUUGUCGCUAGUUGGUUUUUUGUUUCCUAGUUAGGUGUGCUCCACCGAUACUAUAAUGACCAUCGCCUGUUCACCUUCUCCCAGGUCGACUUGAUAUGGAACCACAAAAACUUAUGGGUGAAUAUGCAAAUCGACACGCCUGCAACGCAAAUUGAAUUAGCCUUAAACGACCCUCGGUUCUUCGAGUUCGUCCUAGUCACUGCCGAUGCAGCAGACGAAGGAGAUGCAGAAGAGAAGGGAGAGGAAGUUAAGAACAGGGAUCAAUCUCCGAUGUAAAUAAGUAAGUUGUAAAGUAGAAGAGGUAAAACUUCAAGUCAAUCUCAAUCACCAUCUAACAAAAUUGCAGAUGAAGCGUUGA